AUGAAGCCGUGGCCGUCCAAGCCGGCUACAUCGGCGGUGGAAGCAGUGGUGGCUGGUCCAGUGGUGGUGGAGGCGGAUACGGCGGCGGCGGUGGCUUUGGAGGAGGUCACGGAGGGGGUGGUGGAUACGGCGGCGGCGGUGGCUUUGGAGGUGGUCACGGAGGGGGUGGUGGCUUUGGAGGUGGCCACGGAGGUGGUGGCGGAGGUGGCUUCGGAGGUAGUGGUGGCCGCGGAGGUGGUAGCGGCGGUGGCUGGAAAUCCGGCGGCGGCGGCGGUGGAUGGUCGAGUGGUGGAGGCGGUGGCUGGAAAUCCGGCGGCGGCGGUGGCAGCGGAUGGUCGAGUGGUGGAGGCGGUGGCUGGAAAUCUGGCGGCGGUAGCAGUGGUUGGUCCAGCGGUGGAGGCGGCGGCGGCGGCUGGAAACUCGGCGGCGGCGGCGGCGGCGGUGGUGGCUGGUGGUGAUCCCUCAAAUAAAGAAUGUCAAUAUACCAGUACCUCAUAUUAA